GAUGAGGGUCGUGACGGUGGAGCCGCACCGGCACGAGGGCGUCUUCAUCUACCGCGGCAUGGAGGACGCGCUGGUCACGCUGAAUAUGGUGCCCGGCCAGUCGGUGUACGGCGAGCGGCGGGUCACGGUGAACGAGGGCGGCGCGAAGGUGGAGUACCGCACCUGGAACCCCUUCCGCUCCAAGCUGGCCGCGGCCAUCCUGGGCGGGGUCGACCAGAUCCACAUCAAGCCCAAGUGCAAGGUGCUGUACCUGGGCGCCGCCUCGGGCACCACGGUCUCCCACGUCUCCGACAUCAUCGGCCCCGACGGCUUGGUCUACGCGGUCGAGUUCUCGCACCGCGCCGGCCGCGACCUGGUCAACGUCGCCAAGAGCCGCACCAACAUCAUCCCGGUCCUGGAAGAUGCCCGGCACCCGCUCAAGUACCGCAUGCUCGUGGGGAUGGUGGAUGUGAUCUUCGCCGACGUGGCGCAGCCCGACCAGUCCCGCAUCCUGGCUCUGAACGCCCACACCUUCCUGCGCAACGGGGGCCACUUUCUCAUCUCCAUCAAAGCCAACUGCAUCGACUCCACCGCGUCGGCCGAGGCGGUGUUCGCCUCGGAGGUGAGGAAGCUGCAGCAGGAGAAUUUGAAGCCCCAGGAGCAGCUGACCCUGGAGCCCUAUGAGCGAGACCACGCCGUGGUGGUCGGCGUCUACCGGCCCCUCCGGUCCAGUUCCAAGAGCCGCAGCAGCAAGUAGGGCCCCGCCGGGACUGUCCCUGAGAGGUCUCCCCCAGACCUUGCCGCCUUCAGUGUUACCAUGUCUGUGUUUUCUUUGUGUGCUGUUUUGCUCUCCUUCGCUUAACUAUUAAAUGGCAUAAAGAAACGGUA